GUGUAGGUCGCUAGUCGUAUUCGACCAACCGAUAUAAACCCACAUUUCGAAUGAGUGGGCAUAAUGAACUUUCAAAUGAACAUUACAGUGUAAUCUGUUAUAACCACCUCCUAUAAAAGAGUAGCCAAUAAACAGCUGAUGCGUCGUUUACUCAGAACUAACCGAAGACUUAGUUAUUUGUUUUCCUCCACUGAAGAAAGUUCCUGAUAAUUUAAAGUGGCGACGAGGAUAAGAUCGGAAAGUGAUGGUGUAGUAAAAAAAACUUCUGGUGAAAGUGAUUAAUAGCCCCAUUUGUUUGCCAUACUGUGUGCAUUGAAUAGCCAUUGGUAAAUAGUAACAGCCUGCUGCUGGAAUUUGUACUUUUGUUCCUCUGUGCUAUUAUGGGUGUUGCUAUUAUUGAGGAGGCCAUCGCGUAAUAGAACAAUAACGGUGAGCAGUUUUUGUCACCAUAGUUUUUUUUGUUAAACGCUUAUGUCUGGCAGAUCGUGUGGUGUGUAUUUAAUCGCCGUUUUUAUGAUCUUUGCUUAGGCGCUGUGUUUUAGUUCCCCCGAAGUGAAAGUAUCACCAGGUGCAAGAGGGUGUAAGGAACAAAAAUUGGUGGUAUUUCGGAAAGGCUGAAGGACGUUUUCGUUGCUGUUGCUUUGGUUGGUCGUUGGUUGCUGCUGCUGUGGUUGGACAUUUUGUACAGAAGGCUGGAGGAUCGAGUUAAUUCGAGCCAUUUUGUGAUUGGACCAUCUUAAAGAUUGUACACAAAGGUAUGUGGUUUUUGUUUGUUUUGUUUGUUUUUACAAUUGAUUUUUAAAUAGAACCGUAUAGUCAGAUUUUGUUUUUUCUGGGAUUCAUCCUUUUUUUUGCAUUAGAUAAAAAUGCCUUUAAUCGGUUCCAUUGAAGCUUAUGUCCCGGGCUCCACCAGUUUUGCCCAGUAUGUGGAACAAAUAGAAUGGAUUUUUAAAAUUAAUAAAAUUGAAGAAGAUGAAAAACUCGCUUAUUUUCUGGGUUUAUGUGGUCGAGAGACUUACAGUGAACUUAAGCUUUUGCACCCUGGUGUUGAUCUUUCAACAAAGACUUAUGAGACAAUAGUGGACUCUUUGAAGCGCAGAUUUGACAAAGUUGAUACAGAUAUGUUCCAACGCUAUAAGUUCUACAACAUGGUGCAAGGCGAAUCAGAAGCUGCUGAGGAUUUUAUUUUAAAAGUCAAACUUCAAGCGGAAAGUUGCGAAUUUGGCGCUUUUAAGGAAACUGCAAUUAGGGAUAAAUUGGUGAUGGGAGUUUCUGAUAAACAAGUACAACAAAGGCUGCUAGAAGAGGAAGAUUUGACUUUGGCGAAGGUAGAAAAAAUAAUCGUGAAUCGUGAAUGCGCAGGUGCGCGAACAAGAAUGAUGAAUAGCAAUAAUCUUACGGUGGUAGCAAAGGUAGAUGAUAAUAGAAGAGAGAUCUAUUCAGCGCGACAUCCCAGAAGUAAGGAACACUGGAAUAAAAGCUAUCAUAGGCGCAAUAGAAGUAGAAGUAGAAGCCUUAGUAGAAGUAGCAGUAGAUCUUCUCCGACGCCUAGGAAGCCAUAUUUUUGCAGUUUUUGCAGUAAAAAAGGGCAUACUAAAAAGUACUGCUAUGAAUUGAAAAAGAAAAAGAAGCUUCAUGUAAAAUUUGUUGAUACUCCACAACCUCCAGCUACGAGUAACACUGACUAUUUCAAACGUCUCAAACAAGAUCUUAACAGAAGUGAUUCCGAGUCAGAAGAGGGUUGCAUGAAAAUCUUCUCAGUUAAGUGGCUAAAUGAGCCAUGUUUUUUGCACCCGAUAGUUGAACGUGCAAGUUUAAAGAUGGAAGUCGAUUGUGGUUCGGGUGUAAGCGUGAUAGAUGAGCAGGAUUACAGAGACAAGUUCGAUUAUUUGUCCUUGGAACCAUACAACAACAGACUAAUAGUAGUAGAUGGCGCCAAUUUGGAAGUGUUGGGAUGUGUGAGAGUUUCUGUAACGGUGAACGGAAUGCGUGAGCGAGGUCUAGAGCUGGUGGUCCUGAAGAAUAUUAAGCGCUCACGUAGGAUUGUCCCGCUUUUUGGAAGGAAAUGGCUAGAUGUGUUUUUCCCGGCAUGGCGUAGAACAUUUUCAAGCGAGUUGGUUGGUCAUGUUUCGGAUAGAACAAUCGAAACCACGGUGGACGAAGUGAAGCAUUUCGCUGGGCGGCCGUCUACUUUCGGCCCAUAGACAACAGUUGCGCCUAGUUGAAGAAACCCUCCAACGAAGUACAAAUGUUUAUUUCGAUCGAAAUUCUACAGUUGACUCAGCAAGCACCACCAACCAGCAACAAAUCGAAACCGAUGAGGAGGAUUUUUACGGUUUUGCAUCAGAUUCCUUCAUUUUCGAUGCGCCCGUCCAGUCCACGCUCUCAAUACCUGCGUCUCAAGUGAUAUCAGACCAAGUGCAACUGAGUAUCAUAGUCGGCACUUUCUUGUUCGAAGAAUCAACCCUAAAUACCGUCCACUAAUUUAUCAGAAACCCUCACCGUGAUUAAUAAGAGAUCGCCAAGCACAUAUACAUCCGUAUUGCAGGGCUGGUAGCGAUAAAUGCCGUUCAUAAUAGUGACUUAGUGACCAACAAUGACGAAAAAAGUGACCAAAUAGUGACUUUCAGAAGCAGAAAAGGUGACCAAACAGUGACUUUUGUAUGAAGUACUAACCAGGUAGUGAGCUGAGUGGCAUUCGUAUUGUUAAUGUGUAACUCGUAGUAGAUCGGAAACUAGGGAUAUCAAGUUUUUUCAAAUCCUCAUUAGAAUGCUAUCAGAAAUCAAGAGAAGACAAAAAUUACAAUAUCAUGAGGAUUACUACUGCUGGUCGUGUGCAUCUUCAUCUUAACUAGGGAGAGGAUGGAUCUUAGCAGGGGACAACCGACUUGGCGACACCAUCAUAAAUACCACAGAGUUGGAUAUUGAGGAAGGUAUUCGUUGGGACAUCCAGAGGCUAGCAAUAUGACCAUGGUAAACUUUAUUCCGUAACACAUAGGAGCAGGUAACGAGUUACAAGUUGUUACACUGAACUAUGCUUAUAAUUUCAACAACGAUUUUGGAGCAAGCUCUACAGCAUUGUGGUCAUAAAGUUGAACAUGAGCUCGUGAAACUUAUGCUUAUGAAACAAAGCUUAUGAAUCUUUAUAAGGAAAAAUUGAUAAAAAAAACCUAAAGAAUCCAAAAUUAUGAUGACAUUUUUAAAAUACGAUUUUUAAUAAUUAAAAAUAACAUUUUUAAUUGAAACAAAUUUAAAUACAUAUAGAGUCCA